CGCCCGGCGCACUCUGGCCCGUGGGCUGGUGGGAAGGGGCCAAAAUGGCGGCGGCCGGCGCCAGGGCCACUCGGCUGCUCCUGCUCUUGCUGAUGGCGGCCGCAGCCCCCAGCCGCGCGCGGGGCAGUGGUUGCCGGUCCGGGGCCGCUGCGCGGGGGGCCGGGGUGGAAGGUCGCGACGAGGCCUGUGGCACCGUGGGGCUGCUGCUGGAGCACUCAUUUGAGAUCGAUGACAGCGCCCACUUCCGGAAGCGCGGCUCCAUACUCUGGAACCAGCAGGACAGCACCUUGUCCCUGUCGCAGCGGCAGCUCAACGAGGAGGAGCGGGGCCGACUCCGGGCUUGGCAGGUCCUGGCAUCGUCCCCCUCACUGCCGCCUCUGCCCGCCCUGCAGGAUGUGGCAGCCCUCAACGGCCUGUACCGGGUCCGGGUUCCGAGGCGGCCUGGCGCCCCUGACGGCCCAGAAGCUGGCGGCUACGUCUCCUCCUUCGUCCCCGCGUGCUCCCUGGUUGAGUCGCACCUCUCGGAUCAGCUGACGCUGCAUGUGGAUGUGGCCGGCAACGUGGUGGGCCUGUCGGUGGUGACGCACCCCGGGGGCUGCCGGGGCCAGGAGGUGGAGGACGUGGACCUGGAGCUGUUCAACACGUCUGUGCAGCUGCAGCCGCCGGUCACGGCCCCAGGCCCAGAGACGGCGGCCUUCAUCGAGCGCCUGGAGAUGGAGCAGGCCCAGAAGGCCAAGAACCCGCAGGAGCAGAAGUCCUUUUUCGCCAAAUAUUGGAUGUACAUCAUUCCUGUCGUCCUGUUCCUCAUGAUGUCGGGAGCACCGGAUGCCGGGGGCCAGGGGGGUGGUGGGGGUGGGGGUGGCGGAGGGGGCAGUGGCCGGUGAGGGGCGCGGGGCUUCCCUCCUGCCCAGAGAGCUGGGCCUUGUUCAUCCCAAAAGGCUUCGCUGGCCCCUCCCCCGGGGGCCCCUGUGUUCCUGUCUGGAGGGCGGUGGGGUUCUUGGCCCUGCUGCCCCCGUGGCCCCAAGGCUUCCCUCUGACCCCGUGUCCCGUCACCCCCAGGACCCCAAGCCCUGCAGUCCGGGAGCUCUCCAGCUCCGCGCCUUUGUUCUCACCCUGGUUCCGGCUGGGCCACACGCCUGUCCCUGUGCCCUGAGGGCACAGCAGGCCGGGCUGGCGUGGGCGUGGGCGCGGGCGCCUGGCUCCGCUCCUCCCUGGCCCUGCCCUCGGGCCUGCUGCCCCUUUUCUGCCCAGGAUGCCAGGCCCCGUGUCCACGUCAGCACAGAGCAGACGGCUUCCGUGCGCAGCCCCGGCCGUCACUCCCGCCGCCGCUGCCUUCCCUGGGCCGCGGGCUCCGGGUGAGGACGCUGGGCCUCUGCCUUUACGCCCCCCCCCCCCCCAAGCUUAUCUGGUUACAACCAUUGAGAAUACACUGAAAUACAUGAAGGUUUGAAAGUUACACUUCCAGCAGCCAAGUGCACUGUGGACCUGGCCCCUGGUGCAUGUGUGUGCACGUGUGUAGCAUUGCUGAAUCUCCGUGUUCACGUGAAUUAUGCGGAAACCCCAGGAGAUGGCCCUCGUUGUUGUCAUGGCUGCAGGACGCUCCUCCGCGCUGUGUGUCCUGAUUAAACUGGUCCCCAGUGUUCACUGUC